UGAUAAUAAAGGAAUAGAAGAAGAUAAAGUUUGUUGUAGUCGUAUUGAGAGUAUAAGAGAUAAUAAGUUUGGUGUAAAUAUUGUUGAGUAUGAAAUUGAAAUAAUUUCAGAAGAAGAUACUUUAGAUUUUAAUGAUGAAUUAGAUUUGGAAAAUGAAAUUAUUUCAGAAAGUAGUAAAACAUUUAUAAAUCACCAAAAAGAAAGAGAAGAAAAAUUAAAAAAAAUGAGAGAAAUUAAUAAUAAUUAUCAAAAAACAUUAAAAAAUGAAAUGAUGGCAAAAAUUAAACCUUCUUAUAAAAAUUAUAAAAUUGGAGAUAUUGCUAAAAUUAAAAUUCCUAAAAUUGAUCGUCCAUCAAGCCUUUCACCAAAAUUUAUUAUUGUUAAAAUUAUGAAAAUUAAAAAUAAUUCUUACCAAGUUGGAUGUUCAUUUGGAAUUUUAAAAAAUUAUUAUAAAAAUAAUGAUUUAGAAAAAGUAAAUGGUAAAGAAUUUCCUGAUUUAUUACAUAUUCCAAAUUUUAAAAUUCCAUUAAGAUCUGCAGCUAAACAAUUAAAUACUAAACUUAAAAAUUUAAUAGAACAAAAAGGAUGUUCUUAUAAAUCUAAAUGUAUUAACAAAAAAUGUACAUGCAAAAGAAAAAAUUUGCUUUGUAUUAAAAAAUGUCAUUUAGGAAAAGAUUGUAAUAAUAAGUAA